AUGUUUGCGGCAUUCCGACGUCGUGCCGCAUCGGCUUCACGUUCUGACUCGAAUGUCAAAGAAACUCCGCUAACAGAAAGCAAUGGUCGCAAGGCAAAUCUCGAGAAUAACUUCACCACGCCAACAGUGAAUUCGAAUACAAGCAAUACCUUAGGUGUUAAUGGAAAUAAUGGAAUGAAACAUCGUACUCUUUCUGGUCUUUCGAUGACAUCAACAUCGUCAUCGUCUUUUAGUACAUCGCCAACAUUGAACAUCACCCGACAACAGGAAAAACAAGAGUUACAGACACUAAAUGAUCGAUUAGCAGUGAUUAUUGAUACCGUCCGACGACUUGAACAAGAUAAUGAAAAACUAAGAACAAUUGUUAAAAGCAAUGCACAAUCAUUUGAAAUGGAAACAUCGAAAGUGAAGACUUUGUAUGAAAAUGAAUUAGACGAUGCAAAGAAGUUAAUUGAAGAAUUAGCUCAUGAAAAAUCUCGUCUAGAAAUAGAAUUGGAAAAGAGUCGCAGUGAAAUACUUGACAUUCAAGCAAAGUCUGCUCGUAAUGAUCGCGAUUCGCGUGCGUACGAAGCACGAAUGAAACAGUAUGAGAGUGAGAUUGCUGAAUUAAAAGCACGAUACGAUUCGAUUGCCUUCGAUGCAACACGUCGCAUGGAAGAUAAUGAGACAUUAUUAAACCGCAAUCAUGAUCUGGAAAAGCAAGUUGGCUCAUUGAAGCGUCAGUUGGAGUCGGAAACACUCUUACGUGUUGAUUUGGAGAACAAAAACAAGACUCUGAGAGAAGAAUUACAGUUUAAUCAACAUGUCUAUGAAACAAAAAUCUAUCAAUUGAAAGAACAACAACGUGUGGAAAUUCUUCAUGAUGACGGUCUCCGGCAACAGUAUGAUGCGAGACUUCUGCAAGAAUUGCAACAAUUAAGAACACAGAAUGAACAAGAAAUGCAACUAUUACGAGAAGAAAUCGCUUCGCAGUAUGAGAAGAAAAUUGAAGAUUUACAAAAUACUAAUCGUCGUAAUCUCGAGCAAAUCAAUAAUUAUCGUAUUGAUUUGAUUUCGUAUCGUGAACGUAUUGAAGAAGCAACGAAGACUCGUGAUGCAUGUAAUGAUAAAAUGCUUCAGCUUGAGCAACGCUGUCGUGAUAUGGAAGAUCGCGCUCAUCGUGCUCAACAACAGCUACACGAAUCGAUCAUUGAACGUGACGAUGAAAUCCUCAAUCUGAAACAACUUAUCGAGCAAAUGCAAAGUGAUUAUCAAAAUCUGCUUGACACAAAGUUUGGCCUCGAUCGCGAAAUUGCCACCUAUAGAAAACUACUUGAUUCCGAAGAAGAACGGUUGAAUAUAGGCGGACGGGUCGGACCUUCUCCAACUUUAAAUGGUAAUGCGACACCGACCGGUAAUGAGAAUUUACCAACAGCAAGCAACGGUGCAGCACAACGUCAACGUCUCAAACGUCCGCGAUUCGAAGUCGAUGAAGAUGUCAUUAUCACAAAUGGCAAUGGGCAUUAA